GGUCUAAAAGAUCAAGAGCCGGUACUUCCGAAGUUUGGCAAGACUUUGAAAGGAUCUACAAAGAGGAAGAUGGGGUAAGUGUCAGGUAUGCUAAGUGUUAUAUUUGUAAAAAUGAAUUAUCUGCAAAGCCCUCGGGUGGAACGGGGCACUUGAAGAGGCACGCCAUAAGUUGCAAGCGAAAGAGUGGAGCAGCCAUGAAGCAGACGGUGUUGCAGUACAACCCCGACGGCUCUGUUCAUCAUUGGGAGUACGACUCUGCCAAUGCUCGAAAAGAGCUAUGUCGCUUCAUUGCAAGAGCGGAUCUACCACUCAAUAUCGGUUCUUCAUCAAGAAGUUCAGACUCUUCGUCACGAUCGUCUAUGGGCACCGGAAUUCCAACAUCCGGAGGGGAGCUAACUACCUUCAUCGACAGUGACGUUAUCAGCCACGAACAAGAAAACUUCAACAUACUGCAAUGGUGGCAUGAGCACAAGACGAAUUAUCCAGUCCUUUCACUGUUAGCGCGAGAUUUGUUAACGGUUCCUGUAUCUACAGUUUCUUCUGAGGCUGCCUUCAGUCUUACAGGAAGGAUAAUCGAAGAGAGAAGAACAAAUCUGUCAAGUGAGAUGGUUGAAAUACUCACCAUAGUAAAGGAUUGGGAACAAGCUGAAGCACGAAUGCAACACACUGCAGAAAAUACUGAGCUUGAAGAAUCAUUCCAAAAUUUGUAUCUAGAUGCUGAUGAGAACGUGUAAUUUUAAAUUUUCUGAGCUAGGUUGUACUCUUUUUUCCUUUGCUAGAAAGGUUUUUAAUGAGGCAAUCUAUCAAUAAAG